UACAACCAAAAAAAAACAUCAUUUGACAAUCAUGGCUACUAACCCUAAUAACACUACUCAUUUUCGGUUACUUCUUGCUCUUUUCAUCGUGUCGUUUCUCGUCGUGCCGUCGUCAUCCAACGACACGGCGUACGCCACGUCACUAAUCAAGUUCAAACAGUCCCUCACGAAUGCAACCAUGCUCGAGAACUGGAAAGAGCCGCCUUUGCCGAAGCUCUGCGCAUGGAACAAACCUAACUGGAUUGGGUGUAUGUGUCAGAACGGCUCGUUUUACGGCUUACGUCUCGAGGGGAUGGGCUUAUCCGGCACGAUCGAUACCGAGUCUCUCUCGAACCUGCCCAUUUUAACGUUCAGCGUUAUGAACAACAACUUUUCGGGCCCGUUUCCGAGCGGAAUAAACAAGCUCGGGAAGCUUAGAAGCUUGUUCUUGGCUAAUAACGGCUUUAGUGGCGAGAUUCCGGAAGAUUCCUUUUUAGGGAUGAGGUCUAUGAGGAAAGUUGUGAUGAAUGAUAAUUCCUUUACGGGGAAUAUUCCGUUGUCGAUGCUGAAAUUGCCUAAGUUGGUCGAGUUGAAGCUUCAGAAUAACGGGUUUGAAGGGCGGAUACCCGAUUUUCGGCAGGAGAAUUUGACGGCGAAUUUCUCGUAUAAUGAUCUCGAGGGCCGUAUACCUGUUACGCUUAGCAAACUGAGCGGAGACUCGUUUAUCGGAAAUAUAAACCUAUGUGGUGAGCCAUUACAGCCAUGCAAACCUAAAAAACCGGUCCUAAAAAUCUCCUUAAUCGCCGCUUCGCUAGGGUUCCUCACACUAGCAGCACUCACAUUGCUCUUCCUAAUCUACCGUACGCGUUCAACAAGACCGUUAAAAUACGAGAAAUCGAUCGACACUUCACGCACAGAAUACGAAGAGCCGAGUAAAAAAAGCAACGUAAAAAGCGGAGAACUCUUGUACUUUGUGAGAAACGACGUACAAAGAUUCGAGCUCGAAGAUCUUCUUAGGGCUUCCGCGGAAGUUUUGGGAAGCGGAAGCUUCGGAUCUUCUUACAAAGCUGCGCUGUACAACGGGCAAUCGUACGUUGUAAGAAGAUUCAAACAAAUGAGCAAUGUGGGGAAAGAAGAGUUUUACGAGCACAUGCGAAGGCUUGGGAGACUGUCGCACCCUAAUUUGCUGCCACUUGUCGCUUUCUAUUACAGGAAAGACGAGAAGCUCUUGAUUUCGGAGUUUGUCGAUAAUGGCAGCUUGGCUAGUCACCUCCACGGUACGUUCUAUUUUUUUGUUUUUUUUGCUAAAAAGCCCUCGCUGCGAAAUUAUUUUGCUAAAAAAUCCUCAUUAACAGGCAAGAGAAGUUCGAACCAAAUGGCUCUAGACUGGCCCACGCGCUUAAGAAUCGUCAAAGGAGUGGCGAGAGGACUAGCCUAUCUAUACAAAGAACUUCCGACGCUAACUCUGCCACACGGCCACCUCAAAUCCUCGAACGUUCUCCUAACCGCCGCGUACGAACCGCUCCUAUCCGACUACGCGCUCUCACCGGUCAUCAACAAGGACCACUCCCACCAAUUCAUGGUGGCCCACAAGUCACCGGAAUCCACCCAGAACCACCGCGUCACUCGAAAGACCGACGUGUGGAGCCUUGGCAUUCUCAUACUCGAGCUCCUCACCGGCCACUUUCCGGCCAACUAUCUGAAGCAGGGGGGCGGGCCCACCGCGGACCUGGCGAAUUGGGUCAACUCGGUCGUACGGGAAGAGUGGACCGGUGAGGUGUUCGAUAAGGAGAUGAGGUCGAGAAAUGGGGAAGGGCAAAUGCUUCGGCUUUUGAAAAUCGGGAUGUGUUGUUGCGAGUGGAAUGUGGAGAAGAGGUGGGGUUUGAGCGAGGCGGUUGAGAAAAUCGAGGAGUUGGAUUUCGAGGACGAUUUUUCGUCGUACGCGAGUGAUGGUGACGUUUAUUCUUCGAGAGCUAUGACCGAUGAAGAUUUCUCGUUUUCGAGAGCAUCAUUUACUACUACUUGAGAGAGAGAAAAUAAAGAAACAAAGA